GCUAUCUCAAGCAUCUCGAGCGCCCUGUGUCAGAUAGUUGCGCGACAGCGGGCUUUAGUUCAGAAUGGGCAUGCUCUUCAGCAAGGUGUGGCAGCGAAUGCUGGGUUCCAAGGACAUGCGCAUCCUGAUGCUUGGCCUGGAUGCUGCGGGCAAAGCCACGAUCCUGUACCGCCUGAGGCUCGCGUACAAGAACAUCAAACUCACGGUUUGGGAGAUUGGUGGGCAGGACAAGAUCCGCGCGCUGUGGCGCUACUAUUUUCAGGGCAAAGACGGGCUGAUCUAUGUGGUGGACAGCUCGGACAGGGGCCGCAUCCAGGAUGCCAAGGAGGAGCUGCAGAAGAUUCUGGCGGAGCAAGAGAUGGAGGAUGCAGCGCUGCUGGUGCUUGCGAACAAGCAGGACUUGCCGAAUGCCAUGACGGCAGCCGAGGUGGUUGACAAGCUGGAGUUGGAGAAGCUGCGACAUCGCCAGUGGUUCAUCCAGUCCACCUGUGCACCCACAGGAGAUGGUCUCUACGAGGGGCUGGAUUGGCUGUCCCGCACAUUGGCUUCGCGCAAGUGAGCAACGCGGAGUGAAAGUCUGUAGUUGUGCUGUUCACCACUUAGAAGGCAACAGAAGCGUACUCAACGCUCUGAAAUGGUGUAGUUGUGUAUAGCUCAUGGAAGUUUUGGGCCUAUGCAGCCUCGCUGUUUGUUCAGCAAGGAGGGCCCCACAGCGGUGCCAGUUCUGUCCCCCUUCCCAAAGCCUGACUGUACAGCUGCUGGCUUUGGACAUGCAGAGGAGGAUGAACUUGAUUUUGCCGCGCGAUGCCAAACAUCACUCAACCACUUUGUAGG